AUGUCUCACAAGCCCACACUGGUCCUAGUACCAGGAGCAUGGCACAGUGCCGCCACGUGGGAUAAAACCGCUUCGCUUCUCGAGGCAGAACAGUACAAAUGUGUCCGCGUGUCUCUUCCAUCAGCGGCGCCAAACCCUUCUGCAACUUUCUUCGGCGAUGUUGAGGUGGUUCGAAAUGCAAUCAUGGCGGAGACCACACAGGGGCGUGAUGUCGUAGUGGUGGUGCAUUCCUAUGGCGGCAUGGUCGGCAACAGUGCAAUAAAAGGCCUCACACGGCCGAAACAAAAUGCUUCGUCGUCUGAAAAGGAAACGUCCGGCCAUGUCAUCGGCCUUAUCAUGCUGGCGUCCGGCUUCACCGUCACAGGUUCAAGCUUUAUCGAUGGUUUCGGCGGCAAACCACCACCAAUAUGGAACUUAAAUCCGGAGAGCGGUUUUGUUGACCUGUUAGUUGACCCCAGGGAAUUGUUCUACCAUGACCUUCCACUGGACGAGGGAAAUUAUUGGGUUGGGAAACUCGAAAAGCAGUCAGUCAUAUCUCUGACGGAGGGUGGCGAACAUGCUUAUGCAGGCUGGAUGGAUGUGCCAGUUUGGUAUUUAUCAACCGCGGAGGACAAGGCGCUCCCAGUUGAGGCCCAGAGAAUGUUUGUGGGAAUGGCGCAGGCCGCCGGAGGGGAUGUAACUGUGCGAGAAAUUAAUACGAGCCAUUCGCCAAUGUUGAGCAAGCCGAAGGAAACUGCCGAUUUCAUAUCAGAAGCUGUGGCAUCUUUUGUAGGAUAG